GUAUUGGGCCAGGCUGAUGAUUCCUAACCUGCUGAGCCCCUUUCCUCUCAUCCUUGUACCCAAACAGCCUCUCCUGAGCAGUGCCCGCAUCAGAUAGAGCUCUGGGGUCACCUGUGGAUAAGCCCAUCUUUUUGGCUUGGAAGGUCUGGCCAGUAGGCACAUGUGGGGAAGAGGUGACUUUGAAACUGAGGCUGGAGCUGUGUCCACCUCAGAGCCCACUCUGGCCAGAUAUGAGCCAGAGAGACUUGCCCUGGCUCAGAAUUCACUGGUCCCCAAGGUCAGGAAGACAGGGAGGAAGCCACCAAGCCCUGGCCUGGAGAAAGCAGAGGCAGCUGCUGGGGAAGAGUCCUGUGGUGCCUCCACUACCCCUACUGCCAGUGCCAGCCCGCCUGGCCCCACGCUGAAGGCCCACUUCCGCAGUCUGCUGGAGACCACCUGGUUCAGUGGGCUGGUCCUGCCCACCUGGGGCCGCAAGGCCUCAAGAUCAGACUGGCCCUCACCCCGCCCAGAGCUGCUGGACUGCCAGAGCCCUCACCGGUAG